AUGGCGCAGCAGAACGGACACUCCAAGACCAUCUUGGAUGGCAUGGUGGGCGUCGGAGACUGCGUUCUCCUGGAUCCCAUGACGGAAGACGCCUUCCUCAAGAACCUCCAGCUCCGCUUUGAUGCUAAUGACAUCUAUACCUACAUUGGGAGUGUGGUGGUCUCUGUCAACCCUUACAAGAAGCUACCAUUGUACACACUGGACAAGAUUCAGGAAUACCGGGGAAUGAACCUCUAUGAACUGCCUCCUCAUAUAUAUGCCAUAACCGACGAUGCCUACAGGGAUAUGCGGGACAAAAACAGGGACCAGUGUGUGAUUAUAUCGGGGGAAAGCGGUGCAGGAAAGACAGAGGCCAGCAAAGUAGUUAUGCAGUACGUAGCUGCCGUUUGUGGCAAGGGCAAAGACGUGGAUUUAGUCAAGGAACAAUUGUUGCAGAGCAACCCAGUGUUAGAAGCUUUCGGCAAUGCAAAAACAAACAGAAACGAUAACUCUUCGAGAUUUGGUAAAUACAUGGAUAUAGAGUUUGACUACAAGGGGGACCCAAUCGGUGGAGUCAUCACAAAUUAUCUAUUGGAAAAGUCUCGUGUAGUUGUACAAAGCAAAGGCGAGAGAAACUUCCACAUGUUCUACCAGUUGCUUUCAGGAGCACCAAAGAUUCUACUUGAGGAGCUGGGGUUGGAGCGAGAUCCCAAAUGCCAUCAUUUUCUGAGCCAGAGUGGCACGCAGAUAGCCACCAACAUCAAUGACAAUGAAAACUUCUCCAUCACACAGAAAGCAAUGCAGAUCAUAGGUUUCAGUGAUGAGGAGAUUCUGGCCAUCUACCAGCUACUAGCCAGCAUCCUGAAGCUUGGUAAUAUGGAGUUCCAGGCAUACGUAACCAUGAACGGAACAGAGGGAGUCAAGAUCACCAACCAAGAAGAUUUGGACGACGUGUGCGAUAUGCUGCAGUGCGAGCGCCACGACGUGAUGCACGGGCUGACCAAACGGACGGUCCGUGGUGGCAAGGGAGACAAGGUCAUCACGACACUCAGUUCAUCCCAAGCGUUCUACGCCAGGGAUGCCCUGUGCAAGGCCAUCUAUGAUAGGCUCUUCACCUGGAUUGUCAAGACUAUAAACGAGAGUAUCAGGGUCAAGAUCGGAGGGAGAAAGAAAGUCAUGGGAGUGUUGGACAUCUACGGGUUUGAGAUCUUUGAGAGGAACGGCUUUGAGCAGUUCAUCAUCAACUACUGCAAUGAGAAGCUACAGCAGAUCUUCAUUGAGUUGACACUGCAGGAGGAGCAGCAGGAGUACAUCAUUGAGGGCAUUGAGUGGACACACAUUGACUACUUCAAUAACAUCUCCAUCUGUGAACUCAUAGACAAGAAUAAAGCAGGCAUUCUGGCCAUGCUGGAUGAUGAGUGCCUUCGACCCGGCGACGUGACCGACGCUACCUACCUGAACAGACUCAACGCCUCCAAGUACAUCGUUGGUCAUAAGCACUACGAGAGCCGAGCUAAACUCAAGUCGGACAAGACCAUCAACCAUUCCAGCUUCCGACUACAACACUACGCCGGAGCGGUGACGUACGAAGUGGACGGCUUCAUUGACAAGAACAACGACCUCCUAUUCCGAGAUCUGUCCGAGUUGAUGUUCAAGUGUGAGCACAUUCUCCUGCAGGACAUGUUCCCGGAGGGAGACCCAAAGUUUAGCUCCAACAAGAGACCCAUCACCACCGGGUUCCAGUUCAAGCUCUCAGUGGCGCAACUCAUGAAGAAUCUUCUGGCCAAGGACCCCAACUACAUCAGAUGUAUCAAGCCCAAUGACUACAAGAAGAGCGACGUGUUUGAUGAGAAGCUUGUCAGACAUCAAGUCAGAUAUCUGGGGUUGAUGGAGAAUGUGCGAGUGCGGCGUGCAGGCUACGCCUUCAGGCAGCCUUACGAGGUCUUCUUGGGUCGCUACAAGAUGCUCUGCCCGUCCACCUGGCCCAACUGGCGCCGCCAAGCCCAGGACGGGGUCCGAGAGAUCCUGACCCAUCUCAAGGUCACCAAGGAGGAGUAUGCCUUCGGGAGAACCAAGAUAUUCAUCCGCAACCCAAGAACAUUGUUUGAUCUGGAGGAGCGGCGGCACCGUAGGAUGGAGGAUCUAGCCACUCUGCUACAGAGGAUCUACCGUGGCUGGAAGGCCUACUCCACGUUCCAACUGAUGAGACAGAGUGCAGUCCUUAUUGAGACUAGGUUCAGGGGAUACAGGGAGAGAAAGCAGUAUGUGAGGAUACGCAACGCCACCAUCAUGAUCGCGUCUUACUACCGAGGCCACCAGGCCCGCAAGGAGUUCAGAAGACGAAAGUAUCAAGCCAAGUGUCUCUGGGCAGCCAACAUCGUACACAAGUACUUCUUGGGAUGGAAGAUUCGCAAGGAGCACAGGAAGCGUUUCAGGUCCAACGCUGCCCCCAAGAUUGUUGCGUUCCUCCAAAGAUGCCAUCACACAAGUUAUCUACGUCGAUUGCAGCAGCAUCUGCCCACCAUGUCCCCCUUGGACUAUUCCUGGCCUCCCUGCUCCGUCCUACACACCAAGGCACAUAAACAACUCAAGGAAAUCUUCAUCAGAUGGCGGGCUAAGCAAUAUCGGAAGAGAUUUGAUGAGGCCACGAGGAUGCGAUUUGGGGAGAAAGUAACAGCAAGCAUCCUCUUCAAGGAUAAGAAGACCCUCUACCCUAAGAGUGUGUCCAAGGUAUUCCAGGGUGACUACGUACAGCUAAAGAAGAACGCCAAGUUCAACAAGACCUUCUCCGCAACCAACGACCAGCACGUGGUGUUUGCCGACGUCAUUAACAAGAUCAACAGAGGCAAUGCAAAGAUGCAUUCCCAGCUGUUUGUCCUAACCACCAGCUCUUUCCUCAUGAUGGAUCAGAAGACACUAGCCCUCAAGAGUCGUAUUCCCCUGGCUGAUGUAGCUGGCUUUACCGUCAGUCCUUACAGCGAUGGCAUCGUCGUCUUGCACUUACAAAAGGGAAGUGAGCAUACCAAGAAAGGGGAUUUUGUGAUUGUGACCGACAAAUCUAUUGAGCUGGUCACCAAGUUCCAGCGGAGUAUCCGAACCGUGACCAAUCAAGAUGUACAAGUCAAGGUGACCGACAGAUUCCCAUUGAACUUCAACGGUACCCGUGUGCAGGCUACCGUCUGCACGCAAGACGCCAACGUAUCAAACCCCCACCCCUCCAUCAAGCGGAAAGGCGCCAAGCUUGAAAUCAUGGCCUAAUGCGACAACAGGUAAACGUACGAGAACAAAGUGAACCUGACGCUUACUCCCACAGAUAAACCCUGAAGGCUAGUGGUUCUCUGGUUCGGAAAGAUGCCACAUGUAUUCCUGGUCAGUUGACCCCAGCUUCAAGCUCCAUACCUGACUAUUUUGUGAAGAAAACUCGGAUGUCUCAGCGUACAGCAGUAUUAACAAGCUGAAAUGCUGGUAGCCAACUUGACUCUGUCUGGCGCCCUCACAGGAGUUUAAUCGCAAAGAAUAAAAAUGUGUAAUUAUGAAAUUUCGUCAGUGAAAGGGCAAAACCAAAUUAUUUAAAAAAUAUUUACCCCCCAAACUAUCUCUGUUUUUUGUUUAUAGUUUAGAGCUACACAAUCUAUAUUUAGGUUUUUUUGAGAUGUCUUAAUUUUUUUUUUUGUGGGGGGGGGG